AUGCAUCCAGAUAAGUACUUACCUGAAUUGGUGGCCGAGAAAAACAGCUUGGAUCCCUCCUUCGUGCACGCGGUGCGCCUGCUUGCAGAAGAGAUUGAAAAGUAUGAAGGGGACGAAUUGAGAAAAGAUGGUGACAUGAAGAAAUAUCUUGAUAUCAUCAGCAAUAAAAAUAUCAAGCUCUCCGAAAGAGUGCUCAUUCCAGUUCAACAGUAUCCAAAGUUUAAUUUUGUCGGAAAGCUGCUGGGACCACGGGGAAAUUCCAUGAAACGAUUACAGGAAGAAACGGGUGUGAAGAUGUCCAUCCUCGGCAAAGGGUCCAUGAGGGAUAAAGGCAAGGAGGAAGAAUUAAGGAAAAGCGGGGAGGCCAAGUACGCCCAUCUGAGUAAUGAUCUUCACGUUUUAAUUGAAGUUUUCGCUCCACCUGGAGAGGCAUAUUCCCGCAUGAGUCACGCUUUGGAGGAGAUUAAGAAAUUCCUAGUUCCAGACUACAAUGACGAGAUCAGACAGGAGCAACUGAGAGAGCUCUCCCUGUUGAACGGCUCUGAUGAGUCGAGCAGAGGGAGGAGUGCGCAAGGGAGGAGUGUACGGCCAGCAAGCACAAUAUCCACGAGGGGCCACAGGGGCACAGGGAGGAGUGCAGCAGCACCUCGGGGGACAGCAGCAGUGACACACAGCAAACUCCCCACGACUGUUUUAUCGAGGGAGGUACAAGCUCCGAGAGCCAGGGGGGCAGCAGGGAGUGCUGGAUACAGGGUCCCGCUGUUAGCAGUCACACAUGAAUCAUACGACGACUAUGGCUACGAUGAUGGAUACGGUGGAGAAUAUGAUGACGAGAGUUACGAAGCCUAUGAGGAUAACUACAGCAAUCAGUCAAAGAGCAUUUCAGAAUAUUACGAAUAUGGACAUGGAACCAGUGAUGAAUCCUACAACAACUAUGAGGAGGAGUGGGCGACUACCCGUCCCAGUCUCAAAGCCCCUGCUUUACGGCUGACAAGAGGGGGCUACAGGAAACAUCCCUAUGGUAGAUACUGA